AUGUUUGUUGCAACUUCAUCAACAUUAAAUAAUAGCCAUCCACCAUCAUAUAUUGUUGCUGCUACAACAACUACAGCAACAAAUACAAACAAUGGUAUUGAUCCAACAACAACUAAUACAACACCACAAACAUUAAGUGAUAUUAAAAUUAUUUGUAUUCAAAGAAAAAAGAAAACUAAACGUCAUAUAUAUUUAACAUUUGUUGAAAGUUGUUCAUUAUCAUCAACAAAUGAACAACCAUGUAUUGAAAUAAUUCGUAAAUCAAAUUCAUCAUUAACAUAUCUAUUAAAUGAAUGUAUAUCAUUUGAAUAUUUUGAUACAGUUAAAAAUGAUUUUCAAUCAUUUAUUUAUGCUUAUUUUGAAUCAUAUACAAUAUCAAUAUUUUUUUCUGAUGAUAAUCUCGAUAAAAAAUCUUUAAUUAUUAAACAUAUUGAAUAUAUGUUACAAAGUAAAAUAGACAAAUCAUCAACAUUAAAUAUUAAUUCUUCAUCACAAGAUUCAACACAAUCUCAAUCAUUAUCAACAACAAUACAACAACAAUCACAACAACAAACAUCUGUAUUACCAUGUCCACCAACAACAGAACAUAUAUUACAUACAUUUGAUAUAAAUUUAAUUCCAUAUGGUUCAAUUAUAAAUCGUGAUCAUAUAUUAAUUGGUCCAGCACGUCUUUAUUUUACAACAACAGAUUUAUAUAUUGCAUCAAUAUAUUGUAAUAGACAAGAUUUAAAAAUAACAAUUACAAAUCAAUGUCCAUCAAAUGAUAAAGCUAUUUUAUGUAUACCAUAUUUUACAAUAAAAAAUUAUGGAAAUCGUUCAAAUAUAUUUCUUAUUGAAUUAGGUAAAUCAAAUUAUGGUAAUGGUGAAAUACAUAUGAAAUGUUAUUCAUCAUCAUUAGCAAGUACAAUACAUUUAUUAGUUAGUCCUGUUAUUGAAGAACGUCCAUUAAUACUUUCAUCAGCAUUUCAAAAUCAAUUAUUAACUAAUAAACGUAUUGAAAAAUCGAAAAAUAUACAUCCACCUAUACAACUUAAUAAUGAUACUGCAAAUCAAUCAAUAUUAGAUUCACCAUUAUCAUUUAUUAAAAAUAAAAAAACAAUUGAAAAAACUGAUAGUAAUUCAAAUACAACAACAACAAAUGAAAUAAAAUCACAUUUAAUUGUUGGAUUUUUUCGUGCAUUGACUAAAAAUGUUUCAAAUUUAAGACGUUCAGCAACAUUUCAUAGUAAUAAUAAUAAUAAUAAUGAACAAUUAUUAACAAUUAAUAAUAAUUUAUUAUCAAAAAAUAAAUCUGUUGCAUUUAAUAUUGAUGAAAAUAAAUUUCAUAAUGAUCAACAUCAAAUUAUUUUACCUGAAUAUCAAAAAAAAACUGAUUCAACAUUAAGUGUUUCAUCAACAAUGACAAAACAAACAAAUGAAACAAUAUUAACAUCAACAUCAACAAUUAAUACAAAUAAACAAGAAACAACAAUGGGUACAUAUAUUGAUAUGGGUUUAACUAUGCAACAUUCAAAUCAAAAUCAACAACAAGAAAUUCAUGAUGAAAUUAUUACAAAAGAACCAACAGCAACUGCAGAAAUUGGUGUUAAUACUACUAUUAGUCUAUCACCUCAUGUUCGUUCAGCAAUUAUAGUUGGAAAUUCAGUUCAUUUAAUAGUUGAUGAUCAUAAUGUUUUUCCUAUUGGUCAACGUUCAUUUACUUCGCCUGCUAGUGUUAUGCAACCAUUUAAAACUCAAUUAAGUGGUCAAACAAUAACGAAUGGUUAUGGAACAUCAUCUGAUUUAAUAACAUCAUCACCAGAUAGUUCAAAUUCUCUACAUCAAACAAAUUCCGUAUCAAAUUCUCAUAAAUCACUUUUACUCUCUUAUGGUAUUGUAACAUUUAAUAAUAAUAAUAAUAAUGAUCAAACUGAUCUUGCAACAAGUCCAUUAUCCGAUAGUAUAACACUUGAUCAUCGUCUUAAUUCAGAUUUAAGUCUUAAAUCAAUAUCACAAUCUCAACAACAAAAUUCAAUGAUUAAUUCAAUUGAUACUAUAUCAUCAUCAUCAAAUGCACAUAUAUUUCAUACAUUAUCUCUUUCAACAAAUAAUAUUGGUGAUACAACAUCAUAUCAAAUUCGUAAACCACAACAUAAUUCAAUAUUCUUAUUUGAUGAUCAUAUUAAUGAUCAAAUAACAACAUAUUUACUUGGACCACCACAAAAUAUAAAUGAUGAUACAAUACAAACACAUUUAUCAUCAUUUAAUUUAACAACAUCUAUAUCACGUUCACAAUUAUCACAUAUUGAUGAAGAAAAAAUUUCAUCUAAUGAUCCAUAUGCAUUAAUUGAACCAUUAAUACAAGAUAGUUCAUCGAAAUCAACAUUAAUUAUUAAUUCAAAUAAUUCAUUACCACAAUCCGAUAUAUCUAUGAAUUAUGCUGAUUUACUUUUACCAUCACAUAUAACAAAUGAAUAUUCGGAUAUAAAUGAACAACAACAACAACAACAACAACAAAUAAAUAAUUCAGAUGAUAUUCUUAUAAAUGAAAUUGAUGCAUAUGAAGAACAAGAUUUUGAAAAUAAUGAACGAACAUCAACUAAACUAUAUGCAGAUAUUGAUUUUCAACAAACACAACGAUAUGAUCGUAUUGUUCAAUCUGGUGUUAAAACAAAAUUAGAUGAUCAAACACCACCAUUUGUUCUAUAA